AGGAGGAGAAUGUCCUUGCACAGAAGUUAAAGAAAUCCUCGGGAUCCUCGCACAGGGAUCCCUCCUGUCCCUGUCAUUGUCAUGACUCAUUUCCCCUCUGCAGGCAAGGCUGGGGUCACUUAAUUCUUGUUCAAACAGGGGAGCAGACCUCAGGGCUCAGCCUUGGGCCUCUGGGUUGUGUAAGGACAAGUUUUAAGAAGUUCCAGCUCCAGAUGCUCGUGUGCGCUCGGGCUCACACAUCACUGAAUCGAUGAGAGAGCCAAAAAUAGCCCGAAACCUUCAGCAGGCAGGAAGGUUCUGCUGCGUGCAGAAGGGGAAGCGCCUGACUCCAGGGUCCCAUGGCCAGGCAGUGCUGAGGAGUGACACCAGCAGUGCCUCCUCUCAGCUCUGCGUGGCUCUCAGCAUUCCUGGCUUAACACAGCCUGGACACAGCUGUCCUUGGGGCCUUUCCCUGAGGCAGGGCUGGGCUGGAUGUCCCGGCUGUGAGCAGGUGACAAAACGGUGUCAGGAAUGAAGUGCCCCCUGAGGGGCUCAGCUCCAGCCCGUCCCACCCUGCAGCUCAGCAGGGCCAAGGCAGUGCCCGCCUGACCCCUGUGGGUGCUGCUGCCUCCCCACACAGAGGAUGGAGUCUGUGGCUCUUAACCUUUGCUCCCAAGGUUUUUCUGGCUGGACUAAAGAGGAGCCAAGCCAGGUGAUGCUUUGGUGGCCAAUGUGACAGAGAUGUUGUUGGUCACCUACCAGGUGCUGCCUCCUCCAAACACCCAAACAAGAGCCCGAAGGACAUGCCAAGCCACGUGCACCCACCUCUGGCAUUAACAUUCCCCCAGUUCCUUGGAGCUAUUUUCACAUCUACUGCCUGCUCCCAGCAGCACCAGGAGAUUUCUGUGCCAAAAAGGGGUUUGCUGUUACCUGGAAAUCAAUGACAAGGCUUCAGAAGUGCCCCCUAAAGACAAGGUUCUGCUGGAAUGUGAUGGCACUGCUCCAUCAUGCUGCCACAGACCCAUUUCCACGCAGCACAGGGAUGUGAUCACUUGUCACGUGUGGUCAGUGGCUUCUGGAAAGGGCCUGGGUCAGCUGGACAUCCACCUCUUGGCUUCUGGAGCUCCUUGGGCAGCACAUUGGCCAGUGUCUCCCCUCUCCUGCCCCAGCUGAGCUGUUUGUGGCUCCGUGUGCCUCAGCUGUGCCCGUCACACGUGGUGUGAGGCACGCAGCCCACAGAGGAAACCCGGGGUGGCAAACCCCGGCGCGGGGGCGGGGGCGAGACCGGAACAGAGCCGGCGCAGCCUCCGCUGCCAUCCCAGCGCCUCGGGGUGCUGCCCCUGCCUGGGACCCCGCGCCGAGGCAGGAUGGAGGAUUUAGAUGCUUUGCUGGCAGAACUGGAGCAGAGCUCCUGCCUGGCCUCCAAGGAGCGUGCGCUGCAGGGACCAAGCUCCUGCCAGAAUGCCCAGCAGGGUACCCCGAAGGUGCCACUGCCGCCUCGAGCUCAGCCUCCAGGAGAAGGUUUGGAUUCAGUGUACAGCGUCCCUGUGCGAGUCCCAAAGCCGCUGCUCCCCUCAGCCCCGCGCACAGAGGCCGCCUCGCAGCUGGAUGAGCUCCUGGCCGACCUGGGCCACACGCAGAGCAAGCUGGCAGCUGCAGGGCAGGGAGCCGAGGUGCCCGCAGAGUCCGUGCUGGACAACGUGCUGGACAACAUGCUGGACAGCCUGACCCGGGACCUGCAGGAGCUGGGCAUCACGGCCGCGCCCGCCGGCGUCUGCGCCGCCUGCCGCAAGCCCAUCGCCGGCAAGGUGCUCACAGCCCUGGGCAGAACCUGGCACCCCGAGCACUUCACCUGUGCCCAGUGCGGGCGGGAGCUGGACAAGGGGCCCUUCUUCCGCCAGCCCCCGCCACCGCCCCCAGCCCCCUCACCUCGGCUGUUCCUGCAGAAAGUCCUCACGGCCCUGGAGCAGACCUGGCACCCCGAGCACUUCUUCUGUGCCCACUGCGGGAAGGUGUUCGGAGAUGAGGGGUUCCUGGAGCGCAACGGGAAGCCAUACUGCCACCAGGAUUUCCUGGCCAUGUUUGCCCCCAAAUGCCAGGGCUGUGAGCGCCCUGUCAUGGGCAACUACCUGUCGGCCCUGCAGGGUGUCUGGCACAGCGAGUGCUUCGUGUGCACGGAGUGCCUGACUGGCUUCAGUGGCGGCUCCUUCUUCGAGCUGGAGGGGCGGCCCUACUGCGAGCUGCACUUCCACCAGCGGCAGGGCACCAUCUGCCACGGCUGCGGCCGCCCCGUCAGCGGGCGCUGCGUCACGGCCGCGGGGCGCAGGUACCACCCCGAGCACUUCGUCUGCAGCUACUGCAUGCGCCGGCUGCACAAGGGCACCUUCAGCGAGUGCGGGGACAAGAUGUACUGCCAGCCCUGCUACGACAAGCUCUUCCUCUCAGCCCCAGUGCCCCAGCACAGUGUCCCUGCCUGGAUGGCCCCAGCAUCGCCAUGCCUGGUGCUGUCCCUGCUGACCCACACACGCCUCAUACCCCACCCAUCAACAUCCCUGGUGCUGAUCCCACUCAGCCAACUGUCCCCAGCCUUGUUGCUGCCUAGCCCGGCCUCAUUCCUUGUCCCCCUCCCUGCAAGACAUCCCUGGCACUGCCCCUUGGACCUGAAGCAAUAA